AUGCAUUCAUUCCCCAAGCAUAAAAAAUAUAUGGCGGAUGCAAAAUCAUUUGUUGUCGUUUUCUGGAGACAUUCGUUCGUCAAUUCCUGAGAGAUUCUGUUUUUUUCGAAGCAUAUUCGGCGCUGCUUCAAUUAUUGAGUUCAUAGCAGAGAGUGUUAGUGCAGAGGCAGGGGGAGGGGCUGGGGACUGAAUCCUGAAUUUUCUGGAUCUCCAUGCGGUAACCGGUCAAGUUCGGUUGUGUGCAGUUGUAUUUCAGUUCAUCGGUUGAGGUGCUCGCUUAGUCUUGAUUUAAAGUGGGAAGGAAGAUCUGUGGAGCUGUAGAAGGUAACAGGGAGUUCAAAGUAUUUCUCCCGUUGCUUCCGAGGAACAAUGGCGGAAAUUUCGGUGAAAAAUGUUAUUCUGGAAUGGCUAUUUGGUUCCGCAAUAAAUUUUGCGAAAAUUGGGGAUUGGUGGCGGACAAUUAGGGCUUUGUACAUAGUUCCGAUAGUUAGAGUUUCGUUGUACAUUUGCUUGGUGAUGUCUACAAUGUUGCUUCUGGAGUGGUUUUACAUUGGAGCUGUUUUUAUAUACGUGAAGCUCUUCAGGAGAACGCCACAAAAGAGGUACAAAUGGGAGCCGUUCGGGGAGGAUUCAGAAACCGCGAAUGCGGAUUUUCCGAUGGUUCUUGUUCAGAUUCCAUUAUUCAAUGAAAAAGAGGUUUACAAGCUUUCAAUUGGUGCAGCGUGUAACCUGUCAUGGCCUGCUGAUAGGCUACUGAUUCAAGUUGUGGAUGGAUCAACAGACAUACUCAUCAAGGAUAUGAUCGAGAAAGAAUGCAGGAGGUGGGCAAGCCAGGGGGUAAACAUUAGACACCAAGUCAGGGAGACAUCAGGGGGGUUCAAAGCUGGAGCACUCAAAGAAGGCCUGGAUUACAACUAUGUUAAAGAAUGUGUUUACGUUGCUGUCUUUGAUGCAGACUUUCAGCCCCCACCGAACUUUCUAUUGAGAGCAGUCCCCUUUCUCAUUCAUAACCCUGAUCUUGCCCUGGUGCAGGCCCGUUGGAGGUUUGUGAACGUAGAUGAAUGCUUGCUGACAAGAUUCCAAGAAAUAUAUCUGGAUUAUCAUUUUACUUGUGAGCAAGAAGUUGGAUCCUCCAAUUAUGCCUUCUUCGGCUUCAAUGGAAGCGGCGGAAUAUGGAAAAUUGCUGCAAUAAAUGAUGCCGGUGGAUGGGAUGCCCGAACCACUGCAGAAGACAUGGAUAUUGCAGUUCGAGCUGCGCUCAAGGGCUGGAAACUUGUUUAUGUUGGAGACCUCGAGGUGAAUAGUGAACUUCCCAGCACAUUUGAAGCAUUCCGUUUGCAGCAGCACCGCUGGUCAUGCGGUCCAAGCAAUUUAUUCAGAAAAGUUUUUACAGACAUUGCUAGGAACAAGAAAGUAUCAAUUUGGAAAAAGUGUUAUAUGAUCUACAACUUCUUCUUUGUCCGGAAGAUUCUUGGACAUAUGUGCAUAUUCUUUUCAUACUGCAUUGUGCUACCAUUGACAAUUCUGAUACCCGAAGUUACCGUUCCGAAAGGAGGGGCUGUUUUCAUCCCAUGCAUCCUUGCUGCUAUAAAUUGUAUAUUUGCAACUCCGAGGUCACUCCAUCUUGUCUUCCUGUGGAUCCUCUUUGAGAACACCAUGUCUGUUCUCCUCACCAAAGCCGUGUUUACGGGCCUAUUUGGGACUCGAAGCUCCAACGAGUGGAUUGUCACAGCGAAACACGGAGAUUCUUGCACACAAAAUAUGACCAACAUUGAUUCAACCGAACCACAUAAACCACUAUUUGAGGUUCUGAGAAACAGGAUACUACUACCUGAGCUGGGAUUCGCCGUUUUUCUUUUCAUCAGCGGAUGGUAUGGAUUCCUCUACCGAAAGGAUUACUAUUUCAUAUACCUCCUCUUUCAAGCCAUUGCAUUUACAGUUGUGGGACUCGGGUUCAUAGGCAAACAAAAGUCCGGGCAUUAGCAGAACGGGAAUUAUUAAUCUGCACUGUCGCCCUCCGGAUCAUCCUUUCUUGCUAAAGUUGUGCAUUAGAAGACUAUGUUUCCACGCUCCUAAAACUGGUAAACUGGUCCAGGUUUUGUCUUUACACUUCAUUUUUUUGUUGAUUGCCUGCCAUUGAUUGUUAUCAUCAUCAAUUUGUUUUUGUGAUGGGGGGAAUUUGAAAGGAAGCAUAGCUUGCUGACUAACACCCAUAAUAUUUUUUGGAAAUUCUUUGUGAUUUUAUUGUGAACAUGUAUUUUCAUCGGAUAUCAUUCUUUUUAGCCCCGUAAGGAAUUGGACUACAAGGUUAUGAUUUCAAAAUGUGCGCAUUCUUUGUCAGCGUGGACUUAUUUGAACUUGAGGAUUUACCCAAUGUGCACCUCGAGUAGCAGUUAUGGUUCCGAAGUCAUGAAAAUAUAUAUAUAUAUAUAUAUCAGUAGCCAGUCUCAGGGUGAUGAAAUGUUGAUUUUGGACAUGUUUUUUGUUCUUUACUUGGUGGUUUGGGUGUCCAUAUUUAGGUGUCAAGUGGGGAGUACUUUAAGCCUAUAGAAGCUUUAUGGAAUCUAAUCUAAUGUAGUUUAAUUUGUAAUAGCUUCUUAAGUAGAAUUAUUAGUAUUAUAUAUUAUAUUAUGCUCAAAGAAAAUUGUGAUGCAUUUUAUUGAAAUGGGGCAACCAUAGGUGUUUUCAUUAAAGUUUGUUUUGUUAGUAUACGAAGUGAAUACAAGAAAUAAAUUGAUAACAAGAUUUAUAUAUUUGUGACGAAUCAAUCCUGGGAAUGGAAUAAUUUUGCAUUAACACCAGAUCAAAUAAUGGGUGGUUGUCAAUAAAUUUAAAACUAAAUAAAAACCUCAUUCCUGCAUGAGAUUUUACGCAGCACAAUAAUUGAUAAAUUAAAUACCAUGGUUUGUGUUACACCAAAUUAGUGCACAUAUAUAUAUAUAAAUACACAGAGAGAGAGAGAGAGAGAGAUAGAGAGAGAGAGAGACAAAAGUAGUACAUAUCCAUUUUGCCACACUGGACUACCUAAUACU